AUGUCAACAACGAACCAGCGCGACUGGACUCACCUUGUGCGGUUCGUUGCCGCUGAGGAUGGCCUGGUCUACUUCGGCCAGGUUGAUGCUGAAAAGUAUCCCGAUGUUGGCCUAGCAGCGCUGGAAGGCAAACCAAUCCCAGUCAACGUGGUCGCCGGCUCACAAUUUGAUGGGAUUGUCACAAGUCAGUUCUUGCAUGUGUCACGGCUCCUUUCUCCCGUUCCGGCCUCAUCAGUCCCCAUAAUCCUCUGCAUGGGGCUUAAUUAUAGAGACCAUGCCAUUGAGAUCAAGAUGCCAAUUCCAGAAUCGCCGAUUCUCUUCAUCAAGCCUCGCAAUGCGAUCAGUGGUCCAUAUCCGGAACCAAUUUGCAUUCCAGCCGUUGCGCAGGACGGAACCAGCGAUUAUGAAGCAGAAAUGGCCAUUGUAAUUUCGAAGACUGGCAAGAACAUUGCAGAGAAUGAUGCAAUGGACUACGUGCUGGGCUUCACAUGUGCCAAUGAUGUUAGCGCCAGGAAGUUGCAGUUCGCGAACAGUCAAUGGUGCUUUUCCAAAGGUUUUGAUGGAUCAGCUCCCAUCGGGCCAGUUCUCGUUUCCCCAGCACCAAUCAGUGACCCCCAAAAGCUCGCCAUCACUGCAAGCCUCAAUUCCGAGAUCGUCCAGGAUUCUAACACAAGCGAGAUGAUAUUCCAAGUCUCUUCAAUCGUCUCGUAUUUAUCCCAAGGGACAACGUUGGAGCAGGGGACUGUCAUCCUGACUGGUACCGGGCCAGGAGUAGGCGCGAUGCGUGACCCAGUACUGUCGCUGAAAGAUGGGGAUGAUAUGAGGGUUUACAUUGAGAAGAUUGGGACGUUGGUGAAUAAGGUAUCCUAUGAAUAG